AAAGGCAGGCUUGAAAGUACAACCCGAUAAAUGUCAUUUUGGAAAGACCUCUCUACCAUUUCUCGGCUAUAUAAUUGGCAAAAAUGAAAUAAAACCAGAUCCAUCCAAAGUUGAAAAAGUCCAAAAUUACCCAGUACCAGAAAAUAUUACAGCAUUAC